AUGGACCUAGAUUCAAUGAACGAUAACACUAACAACAAUAACAGUACACUUCAGGCGCUUGACAUCAAUGUGCAGCAGUAUGCCAAGUCUGAACUCCUUGCCCUUCCAAUACCCCGCCAACUACGUAGUUCCAUAUCUGGCCAACAACAACAACAAGAGCAAUAUGAACAACGUCAACAACAGCGGUACCUUGGAUUUAGCGAUGCAUUUAUGCGUACAACGUCUCCCUUAAGUUACGGUGAGGUUCGAUCGGAGUUGAUAAAUGUUCUUCUACAACUUGAGAUACGACACGGCUGCGCCUGUUAUUCCGGGACUGGUGCCUCUGUGGCUGUGGAGGACUGCCGGCGGGUGUUGGAGUGUGCCCUCUCGCGGCUGCUGCUGUCGGCGUCGGAGUCCACGCGGCGACUUCUCGCGGCGGUUGUGGGCGGCGGGCCGUUGAGUCUCCGCGCCGCGGGGGUUCUCCGCCACCGGCGCCGCCAACUGACGGCCGGCCUCGACGGCGGGGCCGCAGACGUUCAGACGGCCGGCCUCGACGGCGGGGCCGCAGACGUUCAGACGGCCGCCCGACUGGCGCUGCUGCUCGGCGAGACGGCGGAGAUGCCGCAGUUGUUGCGGCGGCACACCACAGAUGCCACCCGGCGGCGAGUGGAGGAUUUACUUUUUCUACACCCCACAGACACCGUCGCACUCUGCCACGCUGUGCUGCAGAUGCCAGUGCCGCAGCAGGUGGAAACACCCUUUGAUGCUCACUACUAUAAUGAUGUGGUGGAUGAUCUCAUUGCGAUGGGGGAUGAGGAGCCGCAGAGUGGAUUGCUGCAAAGCGUGCAACGGGAUAUCACUCCACAGGUACGGGAACUUCACACAGAGUGGAUGUUGCAAGUAGCUAUGGCAUGUAAUGUGAAAUUAGAAACAUUCUUUCUCGCUGUAGCAAUUUUGGAUCGGUAUCUCUUAAGAAUAUAUGUUCAGCGAGAUCAACUCCAACUUGUGGGAUGUGCUGCAUUGCUAUUAGCAUCCAAACAGGAAGAGAUCUUCCCCAUUUCACUUCGCACCCUUGUUCGCUAUGGCGCUGACCGUUUCACUCUUGAAGCACUUGUAGCUGCUGAAUGUCAACUCUUUUCUUUUCUUGGCUUCGAUGUGGUGUUACCUACACUAAGUGCAGUGGGAUUGGGUCUUUUACUACUACAGGAAUCUACCCCUAGUGAAAAACAAAAAUGCUUUCUUCUUUAUACCCUGGCCACACUUUCUAUUCGUACAUACUACCGACAAUUCAAACUUUCAUCUUUAGCUGCUACUGCCGUUUACUUGAGUCGUUACUGCUUUAAUAUUCCCUCAGGGAGACCAAGUGAAGAGGUAGCUGCCUUAUUGCCGAUUGUGACAGCUGCACUCUGCCGCAAUUCUGCAAUGGGUCCUGGUGGGAUUUAUGACAUAUUCGGCAGAAGUGUCUUUCACGAAGUGAGUCGCAUUAAGCUACCAGAAAUGUAG